AGAGUCGUCGCUGGAAUAGGAAUAAGAAAGAAGAAGAAGAAGCCAUGCCAUCCGAGUGUCUGCUCGUAAUUGACUCGGUGGUACGCCCUUGUCCCUUGCUCCGUGACGUCACGCCGCCGCGGCGGCGAGUGGAUGCCAGAAGUGAAGGGGCCGCCUAUAGUUGCACUGCAGAGAGCUGCCGUAGCUGCGCGAGCAGAGCAAACCGCUUGGCCGUGUCCAUCGAGCAGCUCGGCGGCGGCAGCAGCAGGCGGGCGGGCAGGGCCCAGCCAUCUUGUUCUUGCACCAUCGGCAGUGUCGACUCGGCCGCGCUCGAGCCAAGGUGACGCCCAGGCAGCCGCUCCGCACCGCUCGCAGCCCCUGACGACCCCAAUUAAGAUAAUUAACCGGCGCAAUGAGCCGCCGCGACUACAUGGACGCAGGCCCCUCUCUCGGCUACGACGGCGAAGAUCAGGAGGAGCUGGACGCCGAGGAGGAUCUGCCGCAGUGCAAAAUCAAGCGCAACUAUGCGUGCGCCCAGUGCGACUUUUUCACGCAGAACCCGCGCACCUACUUGUACCAUUUGCGCGACGACCACCAGGCGCGCAUCAAGGUUUACGAAUGCCCCAAGUGCGUGUACGCCAGCAAGCACAGCCAAAAGUUGCAGCGCCACAUCCACAUGGUGCACGUCCUUGGCCGACAACGCCAGCAGCAGCAACAACAACAGACCAGAAAGCCAUCGCCGCCGCCUCCUGUGCUGCAGCCCCAGCAGGAGAUGUAUGAAGAAGAAGACGAGAGCGACGGUGAGAUGCCGAUGGACGGCGAGGACGCCGAGAUGGAAGACAUGGACAUGCCUGAAGAGGAGCCUGGUCUGGCUGACGGAGAACAGCAAGUCUUCCAGUGCUCAGUGUGUCCGUUCAAGUCGUACAGCGUCACUUUAGUGCAGCGCCACGAGCAGAUAGCCCAUCUGAAGAAGAAGUUCUUCCGUUGCACCAAGUGCAACUACGUGACACACCUCAAGGCGCGCUUCACCAAGCACGUCAAGUACCACUCGAUGCCCAUGAUCAAAUGCGACUUGUGCGACUUCCGCACGCCGUAUAAGUGGAACCUUGAUCGUCACUAUCGCAACCACCAGGGCGACGGCGAGUUCAAGUGUCCGCUCUGCAACUUCCGCGCGGACAUCAAACAGAGUCUCACCGUUCACGUCCAGAACCACCACCUUACACCUCAACAGAAGGCCCUCAGAGGCGUCAACCGAAGAAAUAAGGUUGGUGGAAGUGAUGCUCCUUCAACUGAACUUCGAAUGUCUGAUGUUGGGUUGGUUGGAACAAACCCUGACUACUCUGAUGAAGAUGAAGAAGAAUUUGAGAAAAGCGCUGAACUUGCAGCAAUCAACGUUUCCCAGUAUUCAACUAAUCCGGUUCCGUCAACCAGUGGAAUAAAUAAUAAGAAAAAGUCGCCUCCUGCACAGGCGGCCAAAGCCAAAUACCAAGGUCACCAGAAAGGUUUUGGAGGAACCUCUGAUUUUGUUCACCCCGACGACGUUCUUCACAAAAAUGGAAAGGUUUACCACAGGAAUAUCAAGUGCAACUUUUGUUCCUAUAAGGCGUUUUUCCAAGGCGAUCUUGCCAGGCAUGAGGCCAAGCAUCACGGAAUGCCCAUGCCGACACCUCAGAGCAAGCAAGUCAAGAAGAGACCAAUCCCCAAUUUGAUUCCUCUGCAGCAAACAUCCCCCACGCCAUCUGACUCUGAAAUGAUGGCUGCAAAUAUUCUCUCUGGCGGCCACUCUAUUUUUGGUGGCCCUUCGAUCAUUGCUCAGUCGGACGACGAGCAAGAUAGUUUUGCCAACCGCAGUGCUAACACAACCGAAGAGUUUGACGAAUCUGAAGAGCCUGAGGAGGAAGAAAAGGCUGAAGAGCAAGAGGACGAACCUAUGGUUUCUGUAGACUCUUCAGCCGUAAAAGUUGAAUUAGAGGAGCCACAGGACCUCAAAUGUGAUGUUUGUGGCCACGAGAGCAAGAGUAUUGAUGACGCCCUUACCCAUCAGAAGUCGCACAAAAAUGAGGAAGCAGCGCAAAGGAGCUUCCUAGGCAGUGUGGGUCUUUCUUCCACAAGAUGCCAGAACUGUGGAAUAAGAUGCAAAGACAGCUCUGAACUGAAUGUCCACCUGCGGACUUGCUCUAAAAAGAUGGGUGGUCAAAAUAAUGGCAACGGUUUAGCAGAAGACUCGUCUGGUGACAAUCAAAAGUCUUCCGACGAUCACUCUGACGAAGAAAUUGCUGGCCUGCAGUGUGCAAGUUGUAGGCAGCCCUUUGACGAUCUAGAAGAGCUAAAAAACCACUUAGAGCACUGCAAAGCUCGCAUGAUGGAACUCACGCCAGAGGUGUCCAUCACAGAAGUGAGAGGUGCCGAGUUCCAUCCUGUUGAAAACAAAGGUUUCACUUGGGAUCAAGGACAAGGCAAUGAGCCGUCUGGCUCUAAAGAAAUCAAACCAGCUCUUACAAUUGAAAGGAUUUCAUCUGCGAACAAUAUCAACAGCGAGGAAGACGAGUCAAAAAUGGACUCUGAUGACGAUGAAAUGGAGCCAAGGAAAAUGAACUUUGGAGAAGUUUUCAUUGGUAUUGAGACAGCUCCAGGGUAUGGCUUUGUUACAGAAGAGAAGGUUCAAAAUCCUCAAGAGGCAAAAUUGCAACUUACAAAAGUGUACAAAUGUCCCCAGUGCAACUUCUGGGCGAGUGCAGCUUCUCGCUUCCACAUACACUUGGUGGGCCACCUGAACAGCAAGCCUUUCGGAUGUUCGCAGUGUGACUACCGUUCUAACUGGCGCUGGGACGUGGCAAAGCACAUAAGGCUAAAGGGCGCAAGAGACCCUCUGCACGCCCCUAAUGCUCGGCCGCGCGUACUUGUCACUGACGAUGACACCAGCAGGCGAAACUACUCCAAAUAUGCAAAGUACGUCUUGUACCUGGUAGUGCAACCUGGUCCGGAGAUGGAAGCACUGGCACACAACUCUGCUGCAGUCAGUCGGGUCUCACCAAGUGUUACGUCCAAGCAGGUUUCACAUCCGCAAAUGCCAGUUCUCCAACACCAAGGGUCUUCGCAACUGUCUAUUUCAAGAACACCCCAAGAUCAAAUGAGGCGCCCUUUGAAAAGACCUGCUCAGCCGGAACCUCAGCAGUCUAAGGCGCCCACUGGACUGCCUCAGAACAAGAAGCUUCUCUGGAGGUGCAAAAAAUGCAACUAUAGAGGUGCCAACAAAGAGCAAGUUUUGGAGCAUGUUCGAGGACACUAUACCAACCAAAACCAGCAGCAGCAACAGCAGCAAGUUAAGAAAUUUACUUGUGAGAAGUGCCCCUUUACUGGCAAAAUGAAUGAAGUUGAAAUGCACAAGAGCCACCACCAGCCUCAACCAGGUGCAAAUUUCAAGUGCUACAUUUGCCCAUUCUUUGUCAGCACCAAAAAGGAGCUUUAUACUCAUAUGGCAGUACAUGGAGUCAGCGACCCCGAAGAAUUUUUGAAUAAGAUGCAGUCUGGCGCAUUUUCUCUCUCCGUCACUUCGUCUACUGCUUCGGAGUCGAAGCCUCCUCAGCUCAAGCCGAAUUUGCCAGACACUUCAAAUAUGAAAGACGUUCCUCUCGUCUGGGCCUGCAAAUCAGGGAAAUUCAGGAAAAUGUUCAAGUGCAGACAUUGCCCCCACAUCAACACCCGCAAAGUGAACAUAGUGGAGCACGAAAAGAUGCACUCGAGCAGACAGGUGUGGAGCUCACCUGACUACCCUACCGUCUUCCACACCUGCACUCACUGCAACUACACCUGCAACAAUGCUGGAGUUCUUUCAGCCCACUUUAAGGUUCAUCAAGAUUGGUAUCCUAAGGCUCACGCCUUGGUAGACCCUUCCCGGUCAGACAUUGAUCAGGUCAAGGAUUUGGGCGGAAGUGAAGUUUCUCUGGACAACCAAGACAGUCUGGACAGUCGAGAGGGAAGUCCAUCUGUACAGUCUGACAAUGACAAUGUGGACAUGAAUGCCCUAAAUGGCGUUCAGGUAAAUCUGGAUGAAAAAGAGGAAGACGAUCGUCUGCUUUACUUCUGCUCUCAGUGCCCAGCUCGCUUCUUGUUCUCUCGCGAGCUGGCCAUUCACAAGCGCUUCCACAGGGUGAAGCUGGCCUUCCACUGCAGCCACUGCAACUACACUGCCCGCCAGCCACAGCACCUGGCCGCCCACAACAAAGUCCACUGUUCUGAGUACCAAGACCGCACAGCCCUUCUGCUCAUGAGCCACCAGGAGAGCCUCGAGUAUCCAAAACCAUCUCUUGUGGUCAAGGAUGAUACUUGGGUGGUCAACGACUUGGAGGAUACCAACUUGCCCAUCCUGAAGCAGCAGCAGUCGCCCUCAACCACAGGCCAGCCACAGACCAAGCAGCACUGCUGCCACUUGUGUCCUGCGCGUUUCUUCAAGGCUGUCGCUCUGCAGUACCACGUCACCUUGCAUGGCGGCAGCGGGCCCUACAAGUGCUCUAAGUGUGAUUAUGCAGUCAAGAUGUACGGAAACUUGGUGCGGCACGAGGUGGUGCAUGAUGAGAAGGAAAACGAGGACAUUCGAGACGAGCCACCUAACAUCACUCCUGCGGUCCAAAUCACCUCCCCGCCACCCUCGAUGAGACCGAUGCCCCAGUUGCAGCCUCAGGUUCCUCAUCCUCCAAUUUCGCUCCCGCCAGACCCUGUAUUUGGCACCCUGAUGCACGGAAGCCCUGAAUUUAUCUACCCCACUUACUGGAAGAACGGAAAGUUGAAGGAGAAGAGGUACAAAUGCCACAAGUGUCCGUCAGCCUUCGAGAAGCGAGAGCAGUACAAGGUGCACCUGGGUCUGCAUGGCUCUCGGCAGAAGUACAAGUGUGACCGGUGUGACUAUUCAGUGAAGUACUACGCAAACUUCAUCCAGCACUCAAAGAAGCACGAGAUGAACGACCAGGCGCGCCAGCAACGGCAAGAGCAGUAUGAACAGGAAAAAGAGCAGCAGCAACAACAGAUGAUGGCUAUGAAGCCAGAGAUGAUGGACAUCGGCGACGAGGAGGAAGAUGAUGAUGACGAUGACGCGCUGAAGGUCCUCCACGAACCGGAAGUUCUUUUGCAAGUGACCAAGCCGGCUGUGAAGAUGUUGCCAGGCGUGAGUUCUGUGCAGAAGCAGCAGCAGAUGAUGGUGCUGGAGCGCCGGAAGCAGCAGCAGACCGACUCGGCUUGCGCCGCAGAACAGCUGGUGACCUCGACCCCGACCUUCUGGUGCUCGUCCUGUCCUUACAACAACCAGCGACGCGAUCUGGUAGAAAUGCACCUGAAAAGACACCAGCAGAACGCAGACACCAAGGGCAUGCAUUCUUGUUGUUACUGUGACUUGAAGGUGCCGCAACCCCAGCAACUCAAGGAGCACAUGCUUCUGCACUUCCGCAUCAGGCCGCUGCCCAACAGCAGGCGCGCCGUCACCUUCACCAGUUACGAUGACGUCGAAAUCUGGGCCACUAAGUUGGAUCAAGAUGAAGACGAUGAGAGCCAACUCGUCUUACAGAAAUUCAGCCAAGGGCACCAGGAGGUCGAAGAAAGCAAUGAGGAGGAGGAGGAUGAUGAGGUGCAGUUCAUUGAUCUCAGGACUGGCGAGGUUGUCAAGAACGAACCAAGAACUUCUUCAGUCAAAGACGAGUAAUGAGACUGCCACCCACAUUUUUUUUCUGUCAUUCAUGCUUUAUAAUUUUGUUCGGAGAUGAAAACCUGAUUUGUCUGAUUUGAACUGUUUCUCCUUUUAUGCAUUUUCCUCACAGAGACCAAUGUUAUAAUAUAUGCUCUAUUAUAUGCUCAUUACAAAAAUGCAACUCUGGUCAACUUACAAAACCUAGCCCCAAAUAAUAUUAAUUUUUCCCCUUGAUGGGUUUUCAAGAAGCACUUCACUUCGUUACCUGCAUCCAAGUUGUAAUAAGACCUUAAUAAUGGCAGUGUUCAAAUAAUUUCCUCUUGUUUAACAGCAAUUAAACUAAUUUUAUUGACUACUUGUUAAACAAACAAUUUACGAUAAUAUUUUUUAUAUCAUUUGAUUUGUGUAAAACAAGCCAAUGUAUAUAAUUAUAAAAAUAAAAUUGAGACCAAUUGAGACUUAAA